AUGGGUCUUCCUUUGUUGUCUUGUAGUUCAACUAGAGUCGCUUUCUCUUCUUCGUCUUGGAGUAGUGGAAACGGUGGAUUUAGUAGUAGUAAUUGUAGUUCUAGGCUUUUCGAAUCUCCGGCGAAACGUCCCGGGAAGAGAAACAUUCGACGGUUAAAUGGUAUUUCGUUAGAGAAAUCGAGAUCUGUUAAAGCAUCGUCGUCUUCAUCCGCCGGACAAACCAGUAGCGGCGAUGUGAUCGACGACGGAGAUGCAUCGGCGAGAGGUUUAUCUGUAGAUGUAAAUCCGGUGGUCGGAGGUUUCAAUAGUGGAGAAUUCGUCGGUGGUAACGGUGGUUUAGCUGGACCUUCCGGUGAGGUUACAUCAGUGGGUGAAUUUGUCGGUGGAAGCGGCGGAGAUUACAGUGCUUGGGAUAAAAUCGGUGCUAUUGUUAGGUUAAGUUAUGGAAUCGGAAUAUACUGUGGAAUGGCAGUAGCAGGGAGAUUUAUAUGUGAAGUAGCAGGAAUUGAUUACACAGGAGGUUUUAAUGCUUCUUUAGAUGCAAUUAUAUCUGGACUUGGUUACGCAUCUCCUCCAAUUAUGGCUCUUCUCUUCAUUCUUGAUGAUGAAGUUGUGAAAUUGUCGCCACACGCUCGUGCGAUUAGAGAUGUCGAAGAUGAGGAGCUUCGAGGGUUCUUCUAUGGAAUGUCAGCUUGGCAGUUUAUCUUAGUAGUAACUGCAAGUUCAAUUGGUGAAGAGCUCUUCUAUCGCGCUGCAUUUCAGGGUGCACUAGCUGAUAUAUUCCUAAGAGGCACGAAUCUUAUCUCAGAUUCACGGGGAAUGGUCGCUUUGACCGGACUCUUGCCUCCAUUUGUACCGUUUGCUCAAGUAUUUGCUGCCACUAUUACAGCUGCUCUCACUGGUUCUCUCUAUUACAUUGCUGCUUCCCCUAAAGAUCCUACUUAUAUAAUGGCACCGGUCUUGAAAACUCGCUCUGCCCGUGACGAGCUGAAGAAGUUGUUUGCAGCGUGGUACGAGCGAAGACAAAUGAAGAAAAUCUACUCUCCUCUUCUCGAAGGGCUUCUGGGUCUAUACCUCGGCUUUGAAUGGAUUCAGACAAACAAUCUUCUUGCACCUAUCAUCACACAUGGUAUAUACUCUGCUGUUGUACUCGGAAACGGUCUCUGGAAACUACACCAUCACCAACAGAGACUCCGGUUACGUGUUCAGAAGCUUGAAACUGAAGGUGACAACAACUCAAGAUAG